AUGGCACGACCUCCAUCACAAAUACCUACACCAGAAUGGAACGAUAAUUGGAAACAGAUACAACCUACCUUAUUAAAAAUACGUCGGUCUAUGGCUUCAUUACGUACUUCUUCCCUCAAAGUCAUGCGUGUCAGUCAAUUGGAUUCUGAUAUUCUUGACCUUGAACUAUUUGAUAUCUUGAAGGAACAAUUAUGGAAUGCCUUGUCAUUGUUUAAACCUACCAUUAAGGAAACUUUUGAACCAGAAAUACUGGGUAUACUUAAUCUUGUUUUAUUCAAAUUCUCCAUUUAUGACUCUUCUGCUACUUAUGGUGCUCAAUUACAAAACUUGAAAUAUAGAAACGAAUGGCAACAUGGUGGUAUAUUGGAAUCUAUUGCAAAAGACGCUCCUUUAACAAAAAAACAAAAGAUUAUUUAUGGUAUAUUGACAGUGGGUGGACAAUAUGCAUGGACUAGAGCAAAUCGGCUUAUUACUGAAAAUGGUUGGGGUGAAUUGGAUGAGUCGGAUACUCGUAACAAAAUCUAUAGGAUAUUACAAAAUGGAGAAAAAUAUUGGAAAGCAUUUUCUCUAUUAAACUUUUUGAUCUUUUUAUAUAAUGGAAAGUAUCGAACAUUGAUCGAUCGACUCUUAGCCAUGAGAUUGGUCUAUGCCAAAAAAUCUUUGAAUCGUCAAGUCAGUUUUGAAUUCCUCAAUCGUCAAAUGGUGUGGCAUGCAUUCACAGUAAGUGAUGAUUAUAUAGUAAUUGAUUACCUAUGA